UGCUCUCACCACAGCAUCAGGAUGAAUCCCGGGCGUGGCCAUCAGAGAAGUUCUUCCUCAUCUGGCUCAGCUGAGGGAAAUCAGGCUGAAUCCACGGAGUCCGCGAUGGAGAGAGAAAAGGAACAGUUCCGUAAGCUCUUUAUUGGUGGCUUGAGCUUUGAAACCACAGAAGAAAGUUUGAGAAAGUACUACGAGCAAUGGGGAAAGCUCACAGACUGCGUGGUUAUGAAGGAUCCCGCAAGCCAAAGACCAAGAGGAUUUGGGUUUGUAACGUUCUCAUCCACGGCCGAGGCGGAUGCUGCCAUGGCUGCAAGGCCUCACUCCGUCGAUGGCAGGGCAGUUGAGGCAAAACGUGCUGUAGCCAGGGAGGAUUCUGGAAACCCAGGAGCCCACGUGACUGUGAGGAAGCUGUUUGUUGGUAGAAUUAAGGACGAUACUGAGGAACACCACCUUAGAGAUUACUUUGAAAAAUAUGGAAACAUUGAGACUAUUGAAAUAAUUACCGAUAGGCAGUCUGGAAAGAAAAGAGGCUUUGGCUUUGUUACUUUUGAGGACCAUGAUCCCGUGGAUAAAAUUGUCUUGCAAAAAUAUCACACCAUAAAUGGUCACAAUGCAGAAGUUAGAAAGGCAUUGUCUAGACAAGAAAUGCAGGUAGUCCAAAGUUGUAGGAGCGGAAGAGGAGGAAACUUUGGUUUUGGGGAUUUUCGUGGCCGUGGCAAUUUUAGACCAGGACCGGGAAGCAACUUUAGAGGGGGAUCUGAUGGAUACAAAAGUGGACGUGGAUUUAGGGGUGGCUAUAAUGGGUAUGGAGGUAGACCUAGGGGGUAUUAUGGAAGUGGAAAUUACAAUGAUUUUGGGAAUUAUAACCAGCAACCUUCCAGCUAUGGUCCAAGGAAGAGUGGAAACUUUGGUAGCAGGAACAUGGGAGGACCAUAAGAUUACCUUACUGUG